AAGAAAAACAUCUCCUAGCACACGGUUUCAAUUUCAACAUCCUGUAGCCCAACUUUAUUUUCAUGCCAGACUGCUGAAUUCACCUGGAAUCAGUUAAAAAGGCAAGGGGUCUGGUUGCUGUUCUUCCAUGGAGCUCCCAUUUUAUCAUGGAAACAUUACGAGAAAAACCUGUGAAGAAUUACUAAGCAAGAAAGGCAAGGAUGGCAGCUUUUUAUUACGAGAGAGUGAGAGCAUGGCAGGAGCCUUGUGUCUUUGUGUUUUCUUUGAACAGCUCAUCUACACUUAUCGAAUCUUCAGGGAAAGUGAAGGUUACCUUAGGAUUCAGACUUCUGAAGAUGUUCCAAAACGGGUCUUCAAAACAAUAAAGGACUUAAUAUACGCAUAUGAAAAGCCAAAUCAAGGACUUGUCGUCAACCUUCGCUACCCAGUAAGGAGACCGAAGCCCCCUAGGAGGAGAAUAAGGAAAUCCAAGGUAGAGGGGGAUGGAGAUUAUGAUGAAGUUGAAGAUAGAGAUUAUGUUGAUGUCUUACCUUAAAUCAGCUGGGACCUGUAUUUUUGUCAGAGGCCAUCUUUUAUCCUGCCUUUCAUCUCAACAGAUCAAAUGUAAAAAGCUUUCUCUGAGAACUUAACUUUGCACAUGCCACAUCUGCUGACUGGACAUUCUCAUCAGUGGACUUGUGCCUCUGAAAUUCACUCUCCUGGGCAGCUCAUCAAAGUAAUGGACUUGUACUCUUUGGGACACAAUACAAGUUAUAUUUAUUUUAUUCAUUAUUAGAAUAACUUGUUUUUAUUUUUAAUUUAUUAUUUUCCUUUUUGCUAACUGAAGUUCUAGCUGCCCUGGUCUGCAGCAUGUUAGAAAAUAGUAAGAUAAAUAUGUUAAUUGCAUAUGGGUAGAUCAAAUGAUAAUGGCAGAGCUGAAAUCUACUAUGAUACAAACUAUAGACUCCACAGAAUGUUAAAACCACGUUUUGUUGUAUUUUCAUACUUUGUGCAGGAGACAUUUGUUUUGCUUCAUUUUCAGCUAACUAGAUGGUGUAUUCAGCUUCAGAAUCUUUAAUGUCUUGAAGGAAUAAUAUCAUCCUGUAGCACUGAUACAAUCUAAGGCUGCUGACAAAAAAGCAUUGACAAGUAGCAGCAAUUGAAAAUAGAGAAUAUUACUAUACAGUGUAAAUAAAUGGCCUGGACUGUUUUCAUAUCUAUCAAUGGUAUUGUUGAAGACUUACUUUGGGACUGCAAGUUUUACACAGAUGCUUUUAGGAACAGUUUAAUUUUUUUAUACUUAAUAUUUGUUGCAUGUAUUUGACAGCAAACAAAUGGCUG